UCGCUUUUUUUCCUUGUUGUGCAGGGGUUGAUUCAGCUGUCACUAUUUAACAUGAUUGCUUCCAUUUUAUGCUAAUAACAAUGGUAGCUUCUGAUGAAUCUGGAGGCCUUGGUUAUGACCACAAUGAUGAUAAUAAUGAUGCUAAACCUCAACCACCACCAUCACAGCACGAAAAUGGGGAAUUAUCAAAACAGAAUUCGAUAUUCUCACUUACUCUUGAUGAAAUUCAAAGCAAGAGUGGGAAGAGUUUUGGGUCCAUGAACAUGGAUGAAUUCCUUGCCAACAUAUGGAGUGCUGAUGAAAAUCAAGUUUCUUCAGAACAACCCAACCAAGGUGAUCUGGAUAACCCUGCCAAUGGGAAAGACACAACUUCAAAGCCUGCCUCUCUUUCACGGCAGGGAUCAUUCUCCAUUCCUACCCCACUCUGCAAGAAAACUGUGGAUGAGGUAUGGUCAGAGAUUGACAAAACUCGACCACCACCCCCGCCUAACGACAUGAGUAAUCUUGAUCAUCCCCAGCGCCAAUCAACCAUAGGAGAAAUAACUCUGGAAGAUUUCCUAGUAAAAGCUGGUGUAGUUAAAGAAUCACCUUCUCAGAACCGAAUGGAAAGUGACCCAAUUCAUCCACAAGGUGGUGACGCCAACAAUUCUAAUGUGGCAACUAGCAGUAGCAUGUAUGUGGGUACAAGUUCUGAAAUGGGGAAUAAUGUGAUUGCUUCAGGACAUUUGCAUCCCCAAAAUGAUGUGCCAAACAAUCUGUCUGGAAAUGGAUAUGCGUUUGCUGGAUAUCCAAUUUUUGGACAGAAUAAAAUGAUUGUGGGAAAUGCAUCUUUUUGUACCAGUAAUGAAAUUGAGAAACGUCACAGUUUGCCAGAAUCUAGUGGGACAAAGAACAAGAAGAGGAUGAUUGAUGGUCCACUGGAGGUAGCAGUGGAGCGGAGGCAACGAAGGAUGAUCAAAAAUCGAGAGUCAGCAGCUCGGUCUCGUGCAAGGAAACAGGCAUACACUGUGGAACUAGAAGCUGAGGUGAAUCAACUUGAAGACGAGAAUGAAAAGCUGAAGCAAACAGUGGAGGGAAUCGAACAGAGGCGAAAAGAAGAGGUGAUGGGAAGGAAACAAUCCACAAAAGCGCAAAGGUUGGCAGCAAAGUUGAGGACAAUGAGGAGGACUGUUAGCGCUUGACGUGCUGAGCAAUGUAAUUCUGCAUAUGGCAAGCAAUGUGAGGAAAGUAGUUGUCUAUGGAAAUGACAUAUAUGAUAUAUGUGACAUAUAUGUCAUUAAAAGAUUAUGUAAAUUAAUUGUAUGUUUAAUCUGUAGCAAUAAGUGGAUGGGUGAGUGUUCCA